UGCAUACACAGAGAGGAAGUUACACCCCGUCUUGAUCUUGUUUCUUGUCUCAGAUUUUCCAUAUGUUUCCCUUUUGGUAGAGAUUAACUCAAUAUAUAACUCUUGUUUUGUAAAUUGUUUAAGUUUUUCAAUAUGUUUUCCUUUUUAUAGAGAUUAAUUCAGUAUGUAACGUUUGUUUUGUAAAUUGUGUCAGUUUUUCAAUAUAUCUCGCCCUUGAUAGAGAUUAACUCAACAUGUAACUGUAAUGGAACAGAACUGAAAUGAUAACUGUAAGGUUGUUUAUUGGAACAUUUUUGUAUUCUGUUACAGACUUUAUCUCCGCCGACUGUCGUUUGCCAGGAGUUUUAUAUCAAGGAACCAAAAACGUGACAGAAACUGGUAAAGCAUGUCAAAGAUGGGAUAUACAGAGCCCACACGAACACGCGUAUGGUGUGUUUAGCAUCGCAAAAGAGAACUACUGUCGGAACUUCGACCGAGAGGAGCCAUGGUGCUUUACCAAUGACACGGAUGUCCGCUGGGAACUCUGUGGCGUAGAAGUGUGUGUUACUCCGUGCCUCAAUCAGUCUUUAUAUACAACAGAAAUAAUGAACCAGUGUGUUUCUGAUAUCCCAAGCGAUAGUGAAUUUUGCAG